CAUUGGGGUGCAUGUGCCCCUUCAAAACAGCACACCUGUAUCCUGUGGAUAAACGCCUAGUCAUGCAAUUGCUGGAUCGUAGGGUCGUUCUAUUUUUAGUUUUUUGAGGAACCUCCAUACUGUUUUCCAGAGUGGCUGCACCAGUUUGCAUUCCCACCAGCAGGGCAAAAGAGAUCCUCUUUCUCUGCAUCCUCGCCAACAUCUGUUGUUCCCUGUGUUGUUAAUGUUAGCCAUUCUGACAGGUGUGAGGUGGUAUCUCGUUGUUUUGAUUUGUAUUUCCCUGAUGAUGAGUGAUGUGGAGCAUUUUUUCAUGUGUCAGUUGGCCACCUGGAUGUCUCCUUUGGAGAAGUGUCUAUUUAUGUCUUUUUCCCAUUUCUUCACUGGAUUAUUUGAUUUUUGGGUGUUGAGUUUUAUAAAUUCUUUAUAGAUUUUGGAUACUACCUCUUUAUCUGAUAUGUGGCUUGCAAAUAUCUUCUCCCAUUCUGUCAGUUGCCUUUUAGUUUUGCUGUUUUGCUGUUUCCUUCACUGUGCAGAAGCUUUUUAUUUUGAUGAGGUCCUAAUAGUUCAUUUUUGCUUUUGUUUCUCUUGCCUCUGGAGACAUGUUGAGUAAGAAGUUGCUGUGGCCAAGAUCAAAGAGAUUUUUGCCUUCUUUCUCCUCAAGGAUUUUGAUGGGUUCCUGUCUUACAUUUAGGUCCUUCACCCAUUUUGAGUCUAUUUUUGUAUAUGGUGUAAGAAAGUGGUCCAGGUUCAUUCUUCUGCAUGUCGCUGUCCAGUUUUCCCAGUCCCACUUGCUGAAGAGACUGUCUUUAUUCCAUUGGAUAUUCUUUCCUGCUUUGUCAAAGGCUAGUUGGCCAUAUGUUUGUGGGUCCAUGUCUGGGUUCUCUAUUCUGUUCCAUUGAUCUGAGUGUCUGUUUUUGUGCCAGUACCAUACUGUCUUGAUGAUUAUAGCUUUGUAGUAUAGCUUGAAGUCCGGGACUAUGAUGCCUCCUGCUUUGGUUUUCUUUUUCAAGAUUGCUUUGGCUAUUUGGGUCUUUUCUGGUUCCAUACAAAUUUUAGGAUUGUUUGUUCCAGCUCUGUGAAGAAUGCUGGUGUUAUUUUGAUAGGGAUUGCAUUGAAUAUGUAGAUUGCUUUGGGUAGUAUUGACAUUUUAACAAUAUUUGUUCUUCCUAUUCAGAAGCAUGGACUCUUUUUCCAUUUUUUUGUGUCUUCUUCAAUUUCUUUCAUAAGCUUUCUAUAGUUAUUCAGUGUAUAGAUUUUCCACCUCUUUGGUUAGAGUUAUUCCUAGGUAUUUUAUGGUCUUUUGUGCAAUUGUAAAUGGGAUCGAUUCCUUGAUUUCUCUUUCUGUUGUUUCAUUACUGGUGUAUAGGAAUGCAACCGAUUUCUGUGCAUUGAUUUUAUAUACUGCAACUUUGCUGAAUUCAUGAAAUCGAUUCUAGCAGUUUUUUGGUCGAAUCUUUUGGGUUUUCCCUAUAGAGUAUCAUGUCAUCUGAGAAGAGUGAAGGCUGACCUCUUGGCCGAUUUGGAUGCCUUUUAUUUCUUUGUGUUGUCUGACUGCAGAUGUUAAGACUUCCAAUACUGUGUUGAAUAACAGUGGUGAGAGCGGACAUCCCUGUGUUGCUCCUGACCUUAGGGGGAAAGCGCUCAGUUUUUCUCCAUUCAGGAUGAUAUUAGCAUUGGGUCUUUCAUAUAUGGCUUUUAUGAUCUCGAGGUAUGAUCCUUCUAUCCCUACUAUCUUGAGGAUUUUUAUCAAGAAAGGAUGUUGUAUUUCGUUAAAUGCUUUCUCUGCAUCUAUUGAGAGGAUCAUCUGGUUCUUGUCUUUUAUUGAUGUGAUGAAUCACAUUGAUUGUUUUUGUGGAUAUUGAACCAGCCCUGCAUCCCAGGUAUAAAUCCCACUUAGUCGUGGUGGUUAAUUUUUUUAAUGUAUUGUUGGAGCUGGUUGGCCAAUAUCUUGUUGAGGAUUUUUGCAUCCGUGUUCAUAAGGGAAAUUGGUCUAUAGUUCUCUGUUUUAGUGGGGUCUUUGUCUGGUUUUGGAAUCAAAGUAAUGCUGGCUUCAUAGAAAGAGUUUGGAAAUUUUCCUUCCAUUUCUAUUUUUUGGAACAGCUUUAAGAGAAUAGGUGUUAACUCUUCCUUAAAUGUUUGGUAGAAUUCCCCUGGAAAGCCAUCUGGCCCUGGACUCUGUUUUUUGGGGAGAUUUUUGAUUACUAAUUGAUUUCUUUCCUGGUUAUGGGUCUAUUCAAAUUUUCUAUUUCUUCCUGUUUCAGUUUUGGUAGUGUAUAUGUUUCUAUGAAUUUUUCCAUUUCUUCCAGAUUGCCCAUUUUAUUGGUGUAUAAUUGCUCAUAAUAUUCUCUUCUUAUUGUUUUUAUUUCUGCUGUGUUGGUUGUGAUAUCUCCUCUUUCAUUCUUGAUUUUAUUUAUUUGGGUCCUUUCCUUUUUCUUUUUGAUCAAACUGGGUAGGGGUUUAUCAAUUUUGUUAAUUCCUUCAAAGUACCAGCUUCUGGUUUCAUUGAUCUGUUCUACUGUUUUUUUGGUUUCAAUAGCAUUGAUUUCUGUUCUAAUCUUUAUUAUUUCCUGACUUCUGCUGUUUUUGGGUUUUAUUUGCUGUUCUUUUCUCAGCUUUUUAUGGUGUAUGGUUACGUUGUGUAUGUGAGACCUUUCUUCCUUCUUUAGGAAGGCCUGGAUUGCUAUAUACUUCCCUCUUAUGGCUGCCUUUUUUGUGUCCUAUAGGUUUUGGGCUGUGGUGUUAUCAUUUUCAUUGGUUUCCAUGCACUUUUCAAUUUCCUCUUUAACUUCUUGGUUAGCCCAUUCUUUCUUUAGUAGGAUGUUCUUUAGUCUCCAAGUAUUUGUUAUUUUUUCAAUUUUUUUCUUGUGAUUGAUUUUGAGUUUCAUAGUGUUGUGGUCUAAAAAUAUGCAUGGUAUGAUCUUGAUCUUUUCAUACUUUCUGAGGGCUGAUCACAUCCCAGCAUGUGAUCUAUUCUGGAGAAUGUUCCAUGUGCACUGGAGGAGAAUGUAUAUUCUGCUGCUUUAGGAUGAAAUGUUCUGAAUAUAUCUGUUCAGUCCAUCUGGUCCAGUGUGUCAUUCAAAGCCAUUGUUUCCUUGUUGAUUUUCUGUUUAGAUGGUCUGUUCGAUGUUGUACAUGGGAUGUUGAAGUCCCCUACUAUUAUGGUAUUAUUAUCAAUGAGUUUCUUCAUAUUUGUGAUUAAUUGAUGUAUAUAUUUCAGUGUGCCACAUUUGGAGCAUAAAUGUUUACAAUUGUUAGGUCUUCUUGGUGGAUAGACCCCUUAACUAUGAUACAAUGCCCUUCCUCAUCUCUUGUUACAGUCUUUAUUUUAAAGUCUAGAUUGUCUGAUAAAAGUAUGGCUACUCUAGCUUUCUUUUGUCGACCAUUAGCAUGAUAGAUGGUUCUCCAUCCCGUUACUUUCAAUCUGAAGGUGUCUUUAAGUCUCAACUGGGUCUCUUGUAAACAGCGUAUAGAUGGAUCUUGUUUUCUUAUCCAUUCUGUUACCCUAUGUCUUUUGACUGGAGCAUUUAGAUCAUUGACAUUUAGAGUGAGUACUGAAGAUAUGAGUUUAUUGCCAUUAUGUUGCUUGUAGAGUUGGAGUUUCUGGUGGUGUUCUCUGGUCCUUUCUAGUCUUUGUUGCUUUUGGUAUUAUUUAUGUAUGUAUUUAAUUUAUUUAUUUAGUUUUUUCUCCCCUCAGAGAGUCCCCCUUAAUAUUUCUUGCAGGGCUGGUUUAGUGGUCAUGAACUCCUUUAAUUUUUGUUUGCUGGGAAACUUUUAAUCUCUCCUUCUAUUUGGAAUGACAUCCUUGCUGGAGAAAGAAUUCUUCACUGCAUAUUUUUCCAAUUCAGCCCAUUGAAUAUAUCCUGCCAUUCCUUUUUGACCUGCCAAGUUUCUGUGGAUAGGUCUUCUGCAAACCUGAUCUGCCUUCCCUUGUAGAUUAAGGACUUUUUUCCCUUUGCUGCUUUCAUGAUUCUUUCCUUGCCUGAGUCUUUUGUAAAUUUGACUAUGAUAUGCCUUGCUGACGGUCUAUUUUUGUUGAAUCUUAUGGGAGUCCUCUGUGCUUCCUGGAUUUUGAUGUCUAUGUGUUUCCCCAGGUUAGGAAAAUUUUCUGCUAUGAUUUGCUCACAUAACCUUUUUACCCCUUUUUCUCUCUUUUCAUCUUUUGGGACCCUUAUGAUUCUGAUGUUGUUCCUUUUUAGUCAGUCAUUGAUUUCUCUAAUUCUUAAAUCAUGGCCAUUUGCCUUAGUCUCCCUCUUUUUUUCUGCUUCAUCAUUCUCCAUUGUUCUCCACAUAGCUGAUUCUCUGCUCUGCCUCAUACAUCUUUGUCACCGUGGCAUCCUUUCUAGAUUGCAGCUUGGUUAUAGCGUUUUUUGUUUCAUCCUGACUAGAUUUUACCACUUUUAUAUAUGCAGAAAAGGGUUUUAAUCAAUUUUUGACUCCAGCUAGUAUUCAUAUUAUCGCAAUUCUAAAUUCUGGUUCAGACAUCUUGCUUGUAACUGUGUUGGUUAAGUCCCUGGCUUUCCUUUCUUCCUGCUCUAUCUUUUGGGGUGAAUUCCUUCGUUUUGUCUUUUUGAAGGGAGAAAAGGAAUUGAUAAGGUAAAAAAAAUUAAAAUUAAAAUAUUAGAAACAACACACACACACACACAAGUGAAAUAAAUGAUGCUAUAUCCUAGGUGUGUUUUAGUCUGGGUGUUGAAAGGGGCUUGGUAGAUUAGAGAAAAAAGGGGAAAGAAAAAAAAGGAAAUCAUUUGAAAAUUUGAAAAAAUACAUACACUGAAAUAGAAUAAAAUGAAAUGAUGGAAGUAAAAUAGAGGUUGAACAAAUUUACACAAAAGUAAAAAAUAUAGUAGGAAAAAAUUAAAGAAAAAUAUUUAAUAAAAAUUGAAAAUAAUAAUAAAUUUUUUCUGUUUCUGUAUUUAAGAUUAAAAAAGGAAAUUGAAAGGAUGGACCAGCGAACAGACUGAAAUACUAUUGAAAUUUGUUUUCCCCUAGAAGUCAAACUAUGAAGCCAUUUAUAGUCCGGAGACUAAGCAGCUGGAAGGAUUUGUGUUCCUGAGAGCGAGGUCGGCCCAGUUGGGCGGGGCUUAGUGUAACAGCUCUACUCUCCACUAGAUGGCGCUGCUUAGCUUACUGAGGUGGAUUGUUGCGGUGGCGCUUGUAGGUGUGUGUGCGCAUGCACAGGAGUGGUAAAUAUGGCGUCACCCAGCCUCUAGUAUCAGAAUUCUGUUCUCCUGGAUCAGCAAUCGCGCACCCGUCCUUUGUUUCAGCUUUCCUCCACUCCUCGCUUUUACACUUUCCGUGACCAAGCCCCAGGUAGUACCUCUCUCCCGAGUUUUGUCUCAGAUGCGGCUGUUUUCCCCGGCCUCUUACCUCUGAGGGACUGUGGCUUUGACCUGUUCCGCCCCUCUGCGGAGGGUCUCACCAAGCAAUGGCCAGGUGCCGGCCGCACCCAGGAACGUUCACAGGACCAUGCUGCUUGCCGGUGACCAGUGACUGUGUCUGGGUGCCAGCCCGCCUCAGAAAAAGUUCACGCGAUUGUGUGGCAGCCGCAUUUCAGGGCUUAUGGCAAAUCACAACACACAUCUGGCAGCAGGCUUCGUCCCCAACGACCUUGUCCCACCACCAGCAAAUGUGGUUGUUCUCCCGGGUCCACUGGGACCUUUGCCUGUGGCGGUCUACACAGCCUCUACCAGAUGUCCUCCCAGCAGGGGAACUGCCUCUCCCCAUGUGGCCUGAAGACCCUGGACUUCACUCUGCUCCUGGGGAUUCGCCCUUCUCACCAGAGCACCACCAGUAAACCACUAUUUCACACCAAGAGACUGUGAGCGGCAGUUCUGGCUGAGUCCUGGGCUUCUCAUGAAUAUGAAGUAAAGGGCUCUGACCCAGAAAGUGGUUCUGAGCAGGGUAAAAUGGGGUCUCGGAAAUGUGGAGGCUGCCUAAGUGGUCUGCUGAUUCCGCUUGCACUUUGGAGUAUAAUUGUGAAUAUAUUACUGUAUUUCCCAAAUGGGCAAACUUCCUAUGCAUCCAGCAAUAAACUCACCAACUACGUGUGGUAUUUUGAAGGAAUCUGUUUCUCAGGUGUCAUGAUGCUUAUAGUAGCAGCAGUUCUUCUUGUACUGGAGAAUGAUAAUAACUGUAAAUGUUGCCAGAGUGAAAGCUGCAGCAAAAAAUACAUGACACUGCUGUCAAUGAUUUUUUCUUCCCUUGGAAUUGCUUUCUCUGGAUACUGCCUGGUCAUAUCUGCUCUGGGCCUUGUUCAGGGUCCAUACUGCCGCACUCUCGAUGGCUGGGAGUACGCCUUUGAAGGCACUGCUGGACGUUUCCUUACAGAUUCCAGCAUCUGGAUUCAGUGCCUGGAACCUGCACAUGUAGUGGAGUGGAAUAUCAUUUUAUUUUCCAUUCUCAUAGCACUCAGUGGGCUUCAGGUGAUUGUUUGCCUCAUCAGAGUAGUCACUCAGUUAUCCAAGAUACUGUGUGGAAACUAUUCAGUCAUCAUCCAGCCUGGAAUUAUUUGAAUAAGGACAAGAAUGUUUUCCAUUAUCAAGAUAUGCCAUCUGUUUUUCUCAUAUCUACUGUAUAGACUUAAGGGCAAUAUUCCAGUGAUGAUGUUUUCUCCAUUUGGUGUUUGUUGUGCCUGCUUAUGAAAUUUACAUUCCUCACUGAAUGUGCCAACUAUGCUACCUUUCCAUUUAGAAUAUUUUUCUAAGCAAUAUAUGUCAGGAUCUUCAGAAAUGUUUAUACCCUUUGGUCAAACAAAUCCAUUUCCAAUAAUCCAUACUAUGGAAAUAAAUAAGAAUAGAAGAUAAAACUUUAUGCAAAUAUAAAUAAUACAACAUUAUUUAAUAUUCUGGAAAAUUAGAAAUAUCCAACAGUCUAACUUUAGGGGAAGAAUUAAAUAAAGAGUAGUAUAUUAGUUGUAAUAUUAUAAAGUCAUUACAAAAUAUGUCACACAAUCAUUACAAAUUACAUUUUUAAGAUUAUGAAUACUGUUAAUUUACAAAACAGAUUAUAAAUUCAUGUUUAUAGUAUACGUAUAACCACCUAAAGUAACACCAAAUAAUCAAAAUUUACAAUAAAAACUAAAUCUAGAAGGAUUUUCAGAAAAAUGUCAGCUGUCAUUGACUUGGAUCAUAGGUGACCCUUCCUACUUUUCUAUAUUUUCCAAAUUUUCUUUAUUAUGUUUUAUCAUUAAAAUACAUUUUUAAAACUCAUUUUUUACUAUUAAGAUUUUUUGCUUUUUUCUGUUUAGAUACUGCGUUUUUCAUGUUUUCCUACCUUGAGUAUCUAUAAUAUAUCAUAAAGUAGUACUUAAUGUCCAGUAAGGAAAGUAGUGAGGUAGAAAAGACAAAAAAAGUUUUAUAUAAGCCUAUAUAAUCUUACUGAGCUGUUAGCCUAAUUUUCUCUUUCCUGAUGAUGAGUCUGGUGGGCUUCAAGAGGUAGCCUUGAAAUAAAUGAUCAGUUGAGAAUAUGCUCAGUGGGUUAAAGAAAGUGACCAUUGAUCAGUUGAUACCUAUAUUUUGGGCAGUUACCACUACUUGCAUUUAUAGAAAAAAAUUAAGUAAAACAUUUAGAAACUUUCUACCUAUACUUACCAUGACUUCUUGGAGAACAGCAGCCAUGUUUUAUAUUUCCCAUCAUCCAUAGGACAUAGCAUAAAGUGGGCAUAGUAGACACUCAGUGUUGGAUAUUCAUGUCAGGCCCUUCUGCCCUUCAUCGUUGCUGUGCUGAACACCUGUCUCCAACAUAGGCCCACCAGGCCAUAACACUUCUGCCACUUGCCCAUUGCUCUCCUCCAUGAACACUGUCAACAAUACUCUGUCAACACUUGCUCUGUGCCAAAGCUGGGCAGUAGCCUGGAGCAAAGGGGAAAAUGCUUCUCUCUUUGGUGACUACAUCCUCCUUUGAGGGCAGCCACCCUGUCCACAGCCUUUGCUGAUGUAAGUAAGCAUCCUGGAAGAAAGCCAUGUUGUAUAUCAGAUGACCUCCAUGCCCUGGACCCAGCAGAAGGAAUUGGGAUGGGCACCCAAGCCGUGGGCAGCCUGUUGUUACCGUACUAGCUUUGACUGAGCCACGAGUGAAACACUAUCCAAAUGAGAUUGGUGGUCAUUCUUGCUUGAGAAUCUCAACUAGGAAGCCAAGAAUGAAGCAACCCAGUCACUGCUUUCAGGAAAAUAAUUAAAGGAUGAGAAAGGAUGCCAAAAUACUGAGAGUAUCUGAUUACUCCACCAAGCCCAUAAACUUGUCAUAUCCAGCAUGCUCUUUUCUUAGGUCUCCCAAUGACUCCUCAGUCCUCUUGUAAACAGACUUCUGGAAGGUCAACCCCACCAGUUUGUCAGACACGUUCAGACUGUCUCAGUCUUAUUCAGAUUCAAUACAGCAUCAUACCUUGAGUGGACCAUGAGUAGACAGACGUCAGCUGAACAACUCCACCACAGAACUGGAAACAUUGUCUAAGAACAGGGGUGCAGCCAAAUGCAGUACAGUGUAUGUAUUAUUAAAUUAUUAACACAGCCAUCCAAAAUUUUGUUUUUAUUUAUUUUUUUAAUGUUUUAUUUAUAUUUGAGAGAGCACAAGCAGGGGAGGGGCAGAGAGAGGGGGACAGAGGAUCUGAAGCAGGCUCUGCUCUGACAGCAGUGAGGCGAUGUGGGGCUUGAACUCACAAACUGUGAGAUCUUGGCCUGAGACAAAGUCGGAUGCUCAACCAACUGAGCCACCCAGGUGCCUCCCCCAAUUUUGUUUUUAAAGAGCAUUUGCUAAUGACGUACUUUCAAAGAAAAAAGCUGGAUACAAAUCUAUGUGGGAAGUUUGAGCUCAAAUUUUUAAAUAACCAUCUGAUUACAUGCAGACAUGAAUAAAAUUUCAGAUACAGACCAAAAAAGACAGGAACAAUACCUAAAUGUUAACAGUUAAGAAUUAUCCCCUAAUGAUGGGAUUAUGACUUAUGUUUUUUUUAUUUGAAAUUUUCAUUUGAAAAUGUAUUUCUUAAAUAAUGAGAAAAAAAUCUCAUUUGAAAAGAAAGUAUCCUCUCAUCCUAUCUGUAAAAUCUGUUUAAGGAGCUGAGAAUAGAGAAACCCUAAACAUGAAGGCAUGUGUGUGAUAGCCUUUUUUUUUACUCUUUUCAUUUUCUAAUUCUCAGAGAGACUGACUAUUGCUAGCUAACUUUAAUUAGGAAUGAAUUCUGCUUUAUACAUUUAUGCUUUUAUAUUUGCAAUUUCUCUCUUAUUUCCUUUGCUUCAAUCUCAAUGUAAUUUUUCUAACUUCUUAAAUUCAAUGCCUAGCUUAUCAAUUUUCAAUCUUUCUUUUUCUCUUUUUAAAAUAAGCAUCUAAGACUUCGCACUUUUUCUGUAAGUACCACUUUGGUUGCAUCUUCCAAGUUUUGAAAUGUUGUAUUUUCCUUAUUACUUAGUUAUAAAUAUUUUCUACUUUUCUUUAUGAUCUUUCCCUGUCUAUGUGUUUUUAAAUGUGCUUUUAAAAUUUCCAAUUAUGUGAGUUUGGGCUUUUUUUUUUAAUUGAUUUCCAUCUUAGUUAUAUCGUGAUUAUACAAUGUGGUGUAUAUGAUUCUGAUACUUUGAACAUUUUUAAAACAUGUUUUAUGGUUACUAUUUGUAAAUAUUUUAUUUACUUUUUUUAAUUUUAUUUUUUAUUUUUUAAAAUUUACAUCCAAAUUAGUUAGUGUAUGGUGCAACAAUGAUUUCAGGAGUAGAUUCCUUUAUGUACUUUAAAAGUAUAUGUUUAUCCAAAUAUUGGGUUCAAGAUUCAAUAGUGUCCAUUAGGAGAAGUUGUUAAUUUUGUCGUUCAGAUCCUUGGUUUCUUUUCGGCUGUUUGCUUGAUCUAUAGUAUCUAUGAAGAUUAAAUGGGUGUAUGUAUGUAUACUAAUUUGUAUAAUCUUAUUUACAUAUUAUAUGUAAUAUAAAUAUAGAAUCUAUUUAUUAUAUAUUAUUUAUAUAUUAUAAUAUUAUAAUUAAUUAUAUAUUAAUACAUUAGUAUAAUUAGAUAUUAUAUUAUAUAUUUAUUAUAUGAUUAUAUAUUAUGUUAUAUAUUAUUAAUAUAUUAUCUAUAUAUUAUAUAUUAUAUUAUUAUAUAUAAUAAUUAUAUUAUAUAUUAUUAUAUAGAUAUAUAAUAAGUAAAUAUGUAAAUACACACAUAUCUCAGAAAACAGUGUUUGGCACAUGGAUACAAUUUAUAAGUAGUCUAUAACGUAGUGGCUUAAAAAUUUUUUUUUAAUGUUUAUUCAUUUUUGAGAGACAGAGUGUGAGUGGGGCAAGGGGCAGACGGAGAUAGGGAGACACAGAAUCUGAAGCAGCCUCCAGGCUCCAAGCUGUCAGCACAGAGACCAGCACUGGGCUCAAACUCACGAACUGCGAGAUCAUGACCUGAGCCAAAGUCAGACGCUUAACCAACUGAGCCAACCAGGCACCACUAUAAUGUAGUGGUUUCAAGAUGUACUCUGGAGUCAGAAUGCUCAGAUUCAAAUCUGGGCUCUGCCUUAUUAGCUGUGUGAUCCUGGUCAGGUUUAUUUAAGGCAUUUGUGCCUCUGUUUCUGAAUUUGUAAAGUAGGAAUAAGAACAGAGCUGUGUACAUUUUGAGUUGGUACAUAUAAAGCUCUUAGAACCAGGGUGACUCAGAACCCAGUGUAGUUGGAGCAGAUUUGCAAUGGCUAGGAAAUGGAAAUACCACAGAUACAACAGAAUGGGAAGGGAGUGAAGAAAGGUCCUAAGGUUCUAGGGAGAGAAUAGGGUCAGAAGUCUGGGGAGGGAAAGGUAAAGUAGGCAAAGGUAAGAGGCAGGCAUUGUUAGGCUAGAGAAAGUGCAAGGGAGGCGAGCACUUCAUUUUGUCGUUUUGAUGCAUGUUUGGAGAGUAUAAACAUAAUAGCCAUCAGAAUCUGAUUCCUAAAACCCUAAUCUCUGGUGUAUAUACUUCCAUCCCACUGAAAAGGUACAAGGAGGGGGUGUCUGGGUGGCUCAGUAGAUUAAACAUCUACUCUUUAUCUCAGCUCAGGUCUUUAUUUCAGCUCAAGUCUUGAUCUCAGGGUUGUGAGUUCAAGCCCCACGUUGGGUUCCAUGCUGGGCAUAAAGCCUACUUAAAAAAAAAAAGCUACAAGGAAAGGGUACAAUUAUGAAAACUACAACUAUUUAGAUUUAGAAUGACUCCUGCUAGUUCUGCUUCCUGCUUUGUGAGAUGAAGCUGGGAAUUAGGGACAAGAUUCCAGUCCCAGAGGAACUGGGAUACCUGUAGGAAACCAAGGUAAGAAGUCAAGGUUGAGUGUGUGUAAUUGGGCAGAUAGGGCAGGACACACAAACCUGGCUACUAAAAUCCUUUUACUAGAUGUGGUGCCUGGCUACCCUGGCCAGAGCCAGCCCAUGUCUGACCCAAGGAACAAAACCAGUUCAAAUCAAAUUUUUUUAAUGCAUUAAUAUGAAAACACACACAUGCACACACACACACACACACACACACACACAGAAUCUGAUUUCACUCCUGCCUGAAAUCACACUAAAUUUAUGAUAAAGGUUUUUUUAAAGACAUAAACCAACAAAUGUCAGAGAUUAGGGGAGACAACAGCAGUAAAAUUACAGAAGCUACAAAGCAUACUGAUAAAACAUAACUGACAAAACCACCUUAAAAAAACAUGAAAAUCCCAAGCUUUAGGAGUAGGGGUGGUAAGCUGAGAGCCAGCAUAAUUUACAUGUCAGAAUCUUCAAAAGACUCCCAGAUGGAUAGCACCAGAUACAUCUGGAACUGGGAGUAAAGGAAGACCGACGAGAAGGAUUGGUUGAGUCCCUGUAUCCCUCUCUAUGUCACUGGAAAAUGGCAGACAUCUGAAAGUUUAUCCUCUGGAAAGGGUAAAAUAGAGGGUCUCUGAGUUCACCAAAGAGAUGGAUAUUACACCCAAACUAGAGAGAUUAAGUGACUGUUACAUCCUGAAUGAGGGAUAUUGAGACACACCUGCCCCAAAGCCCUUUUAAUCCACUCAGAUCUCAGAAUAACUAUUAGCCAGAACUUUCCCUUCCAAGUUGGAGCCUCUUGUAGGGAGUCUGGCCAGUGGAAGAGGAAAACUUAGAUACUAACUGUGGUAGGCUGAAUAAUAACCCCCCAGAGUGUCCAUGUCCAAAUCCAGGGGACUGUGAAUAUGUUACCCAGAAAUGGACUUUGAAGAUGUCAUUAAAUCAAGGAUUUUAAAAAGGGGAGAUUAUCCUGGAUUACCCAGGUAAACCCAACAUAAUCACAAAGGUCAUUAUAAGAGGGAGACAAGUAUCACUUUCAGAGAAAGAAGAUACAAGGACAGAAACAGGAAUCGGAGAGGAGAGAAGCUGCCAGGAGGGGCUCAAUCAAGGAAUGCAGGUAGCCUGAAGAAGCUGGAAAGGUCGAGGAAAUGGAUUCUCACCUAGACCUCCAGAAGGAACUUGGGCCUGCUAACCUCUUGAUUUUAUAACAGUGAAACUGAUUUUGGACUGUUAUUCCCCAGACCUGUAUGAUAAUAAACUUAUGUUGUUUUAUGUUA